AUGGUAAAGGUCGAGGACAAGGACCCCGAUGCUGGCCUCUGGCCUUUGUUAUUUGUUGGGAAGGAAGUUGAGUGUGAUGGAUGGAGGAGAAAAAAGGUUCAGUUUGUGGUUGGCGGGAUAGGUAAGGAUAGAUUUCACUGUAGAGCAAAGCAGCCACAGUAUCCCUUAAUUAACACACAACUUUAUCCGCAGGUGUGGCUAGCGCUCCUGGUGGUCGUGGCAACAGCCUCAGUGGUACAGGCGCAAUUCAGAUUCCCCUUGCCCUCGCCUCCUAGAAUUCUCUUCGGCGGCUUCAGACCCUUGUUCUCCAGGCCUCGACCUCGGCCACGCCCCCGUCCUCCUGUGCUUGUCCCAGCGAAUCAGUUCCUCCAGCAGCAGCAGAGAUUUCGUCUUUGCCUUGGGAGAAAUGGGAGAUUGCAUCGUUGUCACAGAUUUAGGACGGAGAACCAGAUAGCGCCACCUCCGCCGCCGCCACCUCAGCAAGUCUUCAGGCCUCAGCCACAGCCACUACCACAGCCACAGUCCUCUAUCGUUUUUGCACCUCCACCAGUCUCUAGACCAACUCCACCACCUCCACCACCACCAGCACCGGCAGCACCACCAGCACCACAGUUCAUCCCACCAAGUCCCCCCAGCAACUCCGUGCAGUUCCGGCCUCCACCACCACCACCAUCUCCGUCUCCAAUCAAUGAUGGCAGGAACUUUGGAUCUCCCAAGCCUGAUUCCCUCCUUCUGCAGCCCCCACCACAAACCUUCAGACCAUCACAACCUGCAACUCAGCCACAGACAGUGCAAGCAUUCCCUGCACCAAUAUCUGGUCCAAAUUCAAACAAUAUCAUUGGAAUGACCCCACCUCCCCCACCAGCACCACAAGCUCUUCCUGCACCUCCCGCACCUGCAGCACCCCGUCCAACCCCAGCUAGACCUCCACCAGCACCCAUUGCUCCCCCACCUACCACACCACAACCUGUAACUGCACGACCAGUGAUACCUAUUGCUCCUGUGUCAAACUCUUUAGACAACCUUUUGGUAAAUCCUGUUCCAUCUGUAAAUGCUGGAGUCCUGCCUCUUGCCAAUGAGCAGCCAUCAGAGGACCAAAAGUUCCCUCCUUUCGUCUAA